CCUUUCUGCUCAAGGCUAGACUUUGAGGUUGCCGAGCUGGCAUUAGAUGCGCUGAUGACUAAAAAGCAAACUUCUUGGCUCAUUAAGCUUAUUCGGUGUGUUGCAGACGGCAGCGAGGACUUCUGCCUCAGAGAUUAUAAGGAUUUGCGUCAGACUUGGGAUGCUGUUGGCAAGCAAAUCACACUGUUCCAGUGCAAAACAAUAUCCAUACAGUACGCAAAGGAGCCUGAAUCCCGCCAAUUUGAUUUCUGGCACCGUCCUCUCUGGGACUGGGUGACAGACCUAUUGAAGGAUCCUCACACUGGACCUCACUUUCAUUUUGACGCUCAGCGUCUGUCAAAGUUUGAUGGUGAGUCAUUUGUACGUUUCAUUGAUGAGCCAUGGUCAGCAAACAACUUCUGGAACUUCCAGGUG